CGGAGCGCACGCAGGGGCGCGGCGGCGGGGGCGAGCCGGGCUGCGGAGGCGGCGGUCGAGAGCGUGGAGCGCGGGGCGCGAGGGCUCAGCCGCGUGCGGGCCACCGGGGGCCCUCCGCCUCGGCCCUGGGAGGGGCUCGGUGCCCGCAACACCCCACGCCCGGAGAGGGAUGCGGUGCGCCCUGGGAGCCCAGUAGCCUCGGAUCGCGGCGCUGAAGACGCGGUGAUGGAUGAGCCGUGGUGGGAAGGGCGCGUCGCCGCGGACGUCCACUGCACCCUGCGCGAGAAGGAACUGAAGCUGCCUGCCUUCCGAGCCCACUCCCCGCUCCUGAAGAGCCGGCGGUUCUUUGUGGACAUCUUGACGCUGCUGAGCAGCCACUGCCAGCUCUGCCCCGCAGCCCGGCACCUGGCCGUCUACCUGCUGGACCACUUCCUGGACCGCUAUAACAUCACCACCUCCAAGCAGCUGUACGCCGUGGCCGUCUCCUGCCUCCUGCUCGCAAGUAAAUUCGAGGACAAGGAAGACCACGUGCCCAAGCUGGAGCAGAUAAACAGUACGAGGAUCCUGAGCAGCCAGAACUUCAGCCUCACCAAGAAGGAGCUCCUGAGCACCGAGCUGCUGCUGCUGGCGGCCUUCAACUGGAACCUCUGCCUGCCCACGCCCGCCCACUUCCUGGACUACUACCUCCUGGCCUCCGUCAGCCAGAAGGACCAGCACUGCCACAGCUGGCCCACCACCUGCGCCCGCAAGACCAAAGAGUGCCUCAAGGAGUACGCCCACUACUUCCUAGAGGUCACCCUGCAAGAUCAUAUUUUCUACAAAUUCCAGCCUUCCGUGGUCGCUGCGGCCUGCGUCGGGGCCUCUAGAAUUUGCCUUCAGCUUUCUCCCUACUGGACCAGAGACCUGCAGAGGAUCUCAAACUACUCCCUGGAACAUCUCAGCACAUGCAUCGAAAUCCUGCUGGUAGCCUAUGACAAUGUCCUCAAGGAUGCCGUCGCCGUCAAGAGCCAGGCCUUGGCCAUGGUGCCCGGCACAUCCCCAGCCCCCACCCAAAUGCUGUUUCAGCCCCCUGCCUACCCCGCCCUCGGCCAGCCGACGCCCGUGGCCCUGGCGCAGUUCCAGACGCCUGUGCAGGACCUGUGCUUAGCCUAUCGGGACUCACUGCAGGCCCACUGUUCCGGCAGCCUGCUCUCAGGGGGCACGAGUUCGUCUCUCCACUCCCCGUACCCCGCCCUCCAGCCUCUGGACGUGUGCCCCGUGCCCCUGCCCGCGUCGCUCAGCAUGCAGAUGGCCGUCACCGCCGAGCCCAGGCACUGCCUCGCCACCGCCUACAGAGGCAGCUACUUCAGCGGGAGCCACGCAUUCCCCACAGGCUGUUUCGACAGAUAGGGGGGCCUUGGAGACCCGGGCAGAGGAAGAAGACACUGACGAGGGGCGCUCAGUGGAGCCAGGCGACUGGGAGGCCAUCCCCGCAGAGCCUCAUUGCCCUUGACUGGAGAGGGUCUGUGCUCUUCCUAAGUAAAACGGACCCAGAGCAAAACGGUCCAUGAGAUACCUCACCCAAGAGCAUUCCUCUGGAAAACGCCUUUCACACGUGCCUGGGGUGCAGGGGCGAGGCUCAGGGCCGUCCCCUGGAGCAGGGCCCAGAGAAUGGAGAAACACCCGGCAAGAGGCCGCGAGUCUGGGAGCUGGAUGCAGACCCCAGUCCGCAGGCACGUGCCGUGUUUGGCAUCAGAGACUCCUUUGUUCGUUGCCGAUGGCAGCUACACCACUGAAGAAGAAGGGGCAGCUGGACAUGUUCUCGGGACCCCGGUAGCUGUCAGAUUGGGUGCUUUUGUCUCCCUGGCUCCAUGCUGGGACCUGUGUGUGUGUGUGUGUGUGUGUGUGUGUGUGAGAUGCCCAGGCAUCUGCCUUCUGAGGCACGGUGCGCGGCUGUCUCGCUUCCAGUGUCGAACCUAAAACCUUAUUCGCCCUUUUAGACAUUACACGUGCUGCUGCUUCCCGAAGUGACCUAGCUUUCUGUUCAGUAAGAAGUCUUGUUUACAUACUGUAUCAGGGAUUUUGUGAUACUUGAAAAUUCCUUAGGAGAAAAACAAUGCUGAUUGCCGCCCUGCCUGUCCCACGCCUGGGCUGUUCCUUUUACCCCCGGCUGGUGACUGACCCGAGGGUAAUCGCAGAGCUCCUUUGCAAAAGCGUAGGGCUGGAGAGAGCCACUUUCCCGUCUCUCGGUUCCAGAAGAGUCCACACCUUGCACCUUGGAUGCUGUGUUCACCUGUAGAACUUCCAUAACCACCCAGGGGUAAAGGGUUGAAAGGUAGACUAAGGUUUAAGAGCCAACAUCCUCACCUCCUCCUACCUGCUUCUAGUGCGUGAGGUUAACCCAGCCUCGGCCUUGAGUGUGGCUAAUAGCAAAGGGUAAUAAUGUGGAAUGUGUGCGUAAUGCCAGCUGGAUUUGGGGCGUGGGGGUGGGGGCGUUUAGGACACCACAGUGACAGGCAAAUGAUCGGUUGGAUCAGAAGCCCGUAUUGGGGUGUCUGCCGCGAGGGGCUCUCAGGACCACUCGGAUGGCCAUGUGCAAUAUGUGUUUAUUCCGACUCGUGGCUUGUACUCAUCAUGGUUGUGUGUGGUUUUUGUUGGAUUGGGAUCGGGGGACACGUUGUUCACCCAACAGAACUGGGAGGUGCAAAGAACCCCGGAAGCAUUUGUUUUGUUUGUUUUUUAAGGAGAACCCGUGUCGGGUUUGUUGACUCACUUGCCCGUCAGGUGGCUGCCAGGACGGCGGCCGCAUGCUGCGGAGUCGGUCCGAAGGUGAUGUUCCAAGCAGGACAAAGCCUCCGCGUGGAAGCAGGAUGAGAAGAGACUGGACGUGGGUAUGGCGCUGCCACGUUGUCACACUCGCAUAGGAAACUGCACAUUAGUUUGUUUUUCUCCUUUUCCUUUGCCAACCUCCUAUUUAUGUGCGACUGGUUUGGAUUCCAAGUUAUUGUGUCUGUUUAUUCUGCGGCUGGGGGCUUGUGAGGGGUCCCCAGAAAAGAGGUCUCGCAAUAAACACAUCACCUGC